AUGAUAUCCUCAACACUUCUCCCCACCCGUUUUAGGGGCGAGCAGCCGGCUGCGCAGGCGGCGGCCCCCUCCUGGCUCAACAAGAAGCUCACGCCCGGCCUCAAGUUCCUCUCCAAGGUCGCCUGCUCCCACCCGAUCCAUACUGUCGUCAUCGUUGCCGUACUCGCCAGCACCUCGUACGUUGGCCUGUUGCAGGAGAGCCUGUUCGAUGCCUCAAUCAGCGUCCGCUCCGCCGACUGGUCCUCCCUCACCGAGGGCAGCCGUCGUCUGCAGACCGGCCCCGAGACUGCCUGGAAAUGGCAGAAUGUCGAGCCCGAGGCCGCCGUCCCGAAAGACGUCGACCACCUCGCUCUCCUGACCCUCGUCUUCCCCGAGUCCCAGUCUCCCGAGUCCGUCAACACCGCCCCGCGUACCCACGCCGUCCCGAUCCCUCAGAACUUGUCCGUCACCACGCUACCUCAGACCUCCAACUCCCUGACGAGCUACUCUCAGGACAGCGCCCUCGCCUUCGCCGUUCCCUACUCUCAAGCUCCCGAGUUCCUCUCUCUCGCCCAGGAGAUCCCCGAUGUGUCGAGCGACGAGACCCAGACUGUUCACGGCAAGGAGAAGAAGAUGUGGAUUAUGAAGGCAGCCAAGGUGCACACCCGCAACAGCCUCGUCCAAUGGGUUCGCAAUGGCUGGACCGAGUUCAUCGACCUGCUCAAGAACGCCGAGGCGCUGGACAUCUUCAUCAUGGUCCUCGGCUACCUGUCGAUGCACCUCACCUUCGUCUCUCUGUUCCUCUCGAUGCGUCGCAUGGGCUCCAACUUCUGGCUGUUCACCAACGUUCUGUUCUCGUCCGUCUUCGCCUUCCUUUUCGGUCUGCUGGUUACCACCAAGCUUGGCGUUCCCAUCACCAUGGUUCUGCUCUCGGAGGGUCUGCCCUUCCUGGUCGUGACCAUCGGUUUCGAGAAGAACAUUGUUCUCACCCGCGCCGUCCUCUCGCACGCCAUUGAACACCGCAAGCCCAAGGACAACAAGAAAGGCGACAACUCGAAGAGAUCCGAGGUCUCCUCUCCCAAUGUCAUCCAGUACGCUGUGCAGGCCGCCAUCAAGGAGAAGGGCUACGACAUCGUCAAGGACUACGCCAUUGAGAUCGGCAUCCUCGUUCUCGGUGCUGCCUCUGGUGUUCAGGGCGGUCUCCAGCAAUUCUGUUUCCUUGCUGCGUGGAUUCUCUUCUUCGACUGCAUCCUGCUCUUCUCCUUCUACACGGCCAUUUUGAGCAUCAAGCUCGAGAUCAACCGAAUUAAGCGCCACGUGCAAAUGCGCCGCGCUUUGGAGGACGACGGCGUGAGCCACCGCGUGGCCGAAAACGUGGCCCAGAGCAGCGCUUGGCCCGAGUUCAACGGCAAGGCCCCCAAGGAGGCUUCUUUGUUCGGCAGGCAGAUGAAGAGCAGCAACGUCCCCAAGUUCAAGGUUCUCAUGGUCACCGGCUUCAUCCUGAUCAACGUCAUCAACAUCUGCACCAUUCCGUUCCGCAACUCGAGCUCUCUUCCGAGCCUUUCGUCCUGGACUGGUGGUCUUAGCGCCGUUGUCACUGCUCCUCCCGUCGACCCUUUCAAGGUUGCGUCCAAUGGUCUUGACGCUAUUCUCGAGUCGGCCAAGGGCGGUGAGCGCCCGACUAUUGUCACCGUCCUCACGCCCAUCAAGUACGAGCUCGAGUACCCCUCGAUCCACUACGCCCUCCCCCCUCCUGCCAGCAAGUCCGGCUCCCAGAGCGACGACGAGUAUGACCACUUCGAGAGCUACGGUGUCGGCGGCCGCAUGGUCGGCAGCAUUCUGAAGAGCCUGGAAGACCCCGUUCUCUCCAAGUGGAUCGUCAUCGCUCUCGCCAUGAGUGUCGCUCUCAACGGCUACCUCUUCAACGCCGCUCGCUUGGGCAUCAAGGACCCCAACGCCCCCGACCACCAGAUCGACCCCAAGGAGCUGGCCAAGGCCGAGAAGUUUAACGAUACCGACUCGGCGACCCUGCCCCUUGGCGAGUACAUCCCUGAAACACCCAAGCCCGCAACGCCCGCCUUGUCCGACGAUGAGUCGGAACUGUCGAUGACCAAGGCCAACAGCCCGGAGCCUCGCACCAUUGCCCAGCUGCAGAAGAUGAUUGACGAGAAGCGCGUCCACGAGAUGUCCGAUCAGGAAGUUGUGGGCAUGUCUCUCCGUGGCAAGAUCCCUGGUUACUCUCUUGAGCGUGCUUUGAAGGACCACACCCGCGCCGUCAAGAUCCGCCGCAGCAUCAUCUCCCGCACCAACGCCACUUCUGAUCUGACCGGCAGCCUCGAGCGAUCCAAGCUGCCCUACGCCGGCUACAACUGGGAGCGUGUCUUCGGUGCCUGCUGCGAGAACGUCAUUGGUUACCUGCCCCUGCCCGUCGGUGUCGCCGGCCCUCUCGUGAUUGAUGGUCAGAGCUACUUCAUCCCCAUGGCUACUACUGAGGGUGUCUUGGUUGCCAGUACCAGCCGUGGCUGCAAGGCGAUCAACUCUGGUGGCGGUGCUGUUACCGUUCUCACUGCCGAUGGUAUGACCCGUGGACCUUGUGUCUCUUUCGAGACCCUGGAGCGUGCUGGUGCUGCCAAGAUCUGGCUCGACUCCGACGCUGGUCAGUCCACCAUGAAGAAGGCAUUCAACUCUACUAGCAACUUCGCCCGCCUUCAGUCCAUGAAGACUGCCCUCGCCGGCACGAACCUGUACAUCCGCUUCAAGACGACCACCGGUGACGCCAUGGGCAUGAACAUGAUUUCCAAGGGUGUCGAGCACUCCCUGUCCGUCAUGGCUUCCGAAGGAUUCGAGGACAUGAACAUCGUCUCUGUCUCUGGAAACUACUGCACGGACAAGAAGGCCGCGGCCAUCAACUGGAUCGACGGACGCGGAAAGAGUGUUGUCGCCGAGGCCAUCAUUCCUGGCGAUGUUGUCAAGAACGUUCUCAAGAGCGACGUCGAUACCCUGGUCGAGCUGAACGUCAACAAGAACCUGAUCGGUUCCGCCAUGGCCGGCUCUGUCGGUGGAUUCAACGCCCACGCCGCCAACAUCGUUGCCGCCAUCUUCCUUGCCACCGGUCAGGAUCCCGCCCAGGUUGUCGAGAGCGCCAACUGUAUCACCGUCAUGAAGAACCUCCGUGGAUCUCUUCAGAUCUCCGUGUCCAUGCCUUCCCUGGAAGUCGGUACCCUCGGUGGUGGCACCAUCCUCGAGCCGCAGAGCGCCAUGUUGGACAUGCUUGGUGUUCGCGGCCCCCACCCAACGAGCCCUGGCGAGAACGCCCGUCGCCUCGCUCGUGUUAUUGCUGCUGGUGUUCUGGCUGGUGAGCUGUCGCUGUGUAGUGCGCUGGCGGCCGGCCACUUGGUCAGGGCUCACAUGCAACACAACCGUUCCGCACCCCCUACGCGGACUAACACUCCGGCUCCCAGCGGCUCCCAGACGCCUGUUGGUUUGGCCAUGACCAGUGCUGUCGAGAAGGCCAGCAACAUGAGCGCUGCGGCUGUCGACCGGGCACGUCGUUGA